GGAGCCCGAAAGACCGGUCCCUGGGCGACUGAGGAGGUCACCAGUCCACGACUCCUACUGGGAAAGGAGAACGCAGGCCAGGAGGAACCAGAGUGACCCCAUGCUGAUCAGAAACAAGCAGCUGUGCUCCACAUGUCGAGAAAUGAAAAUGGCACAAUCAAGAACUAUGAUGAUCCCAGGGGAUGGGAAACUACCCUUCAACAAUUUUAUGAGUCGUAGGAUGAUGAAUCUUCAGCCACCAAAAGCUCAGACUGUACCUGAGGGUCCUUGUGAUGACAUCCGAACAGAGAGCAUUCGCUACCGACUGCCCAUCCUGGGCCCCAGGACAGCUGCCUUCCACAGACUGCUGUCAGACACCUAUAGAGCUCUGCAGAGGGCACAGCUCGGUUCCUCGCCCAGAAAAGAGCCAGCGGGCAAGACCGUGAGGCAGUGAGCGAUCGGAGCACAACACUCUCCAGACCCCCAGAGAGAAAACCACCUCACCAAGCCAGCUUCUGACACUAACUAGUGCCUUCUUCUGAUUGUCUCCCAUCAUUAAAAAGAUGACCCAAUCCUGUCUUCUAAGAGCGGCUAGAAUUCUAGCUCUUGCCACCAUCUUCUCACUCACUUCUCCUAAAGACAAAGGGUUUAAUUUACACAAUUAUAAAGAUGUACUGAUGAAAAUGUACCAUUUUGAGUGUCAUUCAUUUUAUUUUGUUCAAUAGUCUUAAUUGUCUCAUAAUAGACAACAUCCCGCUGUUUCUAAGACACAAAUUUUUUGUGAAAAUUAUUUCAGCUCUCCCUUCCAGGCAGGGGCCUGAAGAGGGCUCCUGGAGGUCCCUCAUGAAUUCAGCCUGUUAAGAAUAAAGGAGAUAAAUGGAGGUCACCCUUCUGUUCUCAUCUCUGUCGGUUAACGCUGAUAGGUGACAGAGGAUCCUGUGAUGCU